UUUGUUGACUGCAGUCCAGUCCAUUAAUUCAGAGGCCACAAUGAAGUAUCCAAAAUUUGUAAACAAAUUAAGAUUUAAAGUGAAUUCAGCAUUGUCAUCGUUUAAUGACAUAGUUCAACAAAUAAUAAUUAUAGUUGCAACAGUCAGUGUUUUAUUUUGGUUCUCAGUCUUUUUAUACGGGAGUUAUUACUACUAUUACGUGCCUGUUGUAGCCCAAGAAAGACCAGUCUACUUUCACUUUAGUGUGUGUGAGACUGGUGUUGGAAUGUGUUCCUUUCCUACGGCAAACAUUAGUCUUGUGAAACAAGGAAAGAAUGAGGUAUUCAAAGUUGGACAGUCAUACAGGAUUGUUCUUGAUCUUGAUGUGCCUGAAUCUGAUAGCAACAGAUUUAUAGGUAUGUUUAUGAUAGAGAUGAGACUUUACAACAGGCAUGGAGAAUUUGUCCAAACCUCAGCACGUGCUGUAAGUACUUCUGUACAGUACAAGUCUGACCUGCUGCGUAUUCUGGAGACAUUUGCAUUUUCACCGAUGUUUUUGUUCGGAUACAUGCAUCAAAAGCAGUUUCUGCAUGUAGAGCUGUUUCCAGACUUCAUGGAUAAUGCUUACAAUCCAUCUGUAGGUCUGACAGUUGAGGUACAGAGUAAGAAGGUGGAGAUAUACACAGCUGUUCUAAAAAUAUUUGCUCAGUUCUCUGGAAUCAGAUACUUCCUUUAUUAUUGGCCAGUGACAUCAGCUAUUAUUGGAAUCAGUUGGAACUUUUCAGUGCUCAGUUUUAUAGCUUUGUUGUCUUGGUACCAGUUUUGGUUGCCUCAAAAACAAGUAAAUACAGCUCCACCUGUCCAGAUUAAUCUUUACAAAAACAGAAAACCACCAUCUCCGAAGAAAGCAGCAAAAGCUGCAGAUUCUUUGAGAAGAGAGACAGAAACUAUUGGAGGAAGUGAUGAGACAGAGUUGCUUGCCCCUGAUUCUGGUUCUAGAGAGGAGUCCGGGUUGAGAUUAAGGCAGCCACGUUCAGCAGCCACAAGCUAGUUUACUCAGGGUGUUUUAUAGUAUGCUACAUUGAAAUAGGUUGUCUUAAUAACCUUAAAUCUGUGAACUGAUUUCUUAAUAUUUUACGUUAAAUGUUGCCAUUUUAUGUUUGAUUAUUGGCACAUAGUACCAGUAUAUUUUAUAGUGCCUGUAUAUUUUUGUUGUAAAUGUAAAGUGGAAUCUGCAUGUAGAUUGAUGUUGCAAAUUCCACUUAAGUCUGUUAAAAGUGCAGUUACACUUAUUGUUAUAAAUGUUUAAGUAAUUUAGCUCAUCUGACCACAAAGUGUUCAAAAUGAGCUAUUGUGGUUGCCCUGUACCUGUCAUCAUUCAUUAUGCACUGUUGACAGUUUUACUGAUAAGAAUUCACAAUUUUGGCCCCAUUCUUAUAAAGCUUAGUCAGAAUGUUUGCCCCCAAAAAAUCUUGGAAAAGUUCAGUACUGUGUCAUCUUGUGUCAAAAAAUGGGGUCACAUGGUCAGAUACUAGAAAAACUUUGUUAACACUCUUUAUGCCACUUUCUACCUCAUCUUCAUAAACAAGUGUGAACCCUUACGAAAUGGUCAAAAAGCUGUGAACAUGCCGCGAACAUACCUAUUCACAGGAAGUAUUCGCGGGAUAUUCGCUGCUACCGCGAUCAUGCCGCGAUUGGUUUGAUACUUGUUUGCGGGAUAUUCGCAGGAAGACCAAUGAUCGCGGCAUGUUCGCAAGAAGAACUUAGAAGAUUAUAAUCUUUUGGUAAACUGUUACUGAAAAUUUUUUAUAAGAGCAGGUAAUUGUAGAUCAAUUAAUUUGUAACAUUAUCUGUAAGGUCACAGUAUGAGUCUGAUAAGUUAAUUACAACCAGAUAUUCUGGACAUGUUUAGAAGGAAAUCUGUGUGCAUUACAGACAGUUUUCAUAAGUGAUUCUUAGAGGCUGAUAGGAAUAUAUACUUUUUUGUGGUAAGUCUGAAAAUUUAUGUUUAAUAUCUAUACUCAUAUAUCUCAGUAAACAUAAGGAAUUUUGAAAAUGAAAUAGAUAUGCUUAACCUUUUGCAGAGCUGUAUCAGAUUAUCUAAAAAGAAAUAUAAAACUAGCUUAUUUUGACAAUUUCUAAGCUUCAGAAGUCUGAUAAUUAAUAUUUAAAACUAUGACAGAUUUGUAGUGAUACAUAUAACUUAUAAGCAGUGUGAAGAAAAACAUUAAGAUGAAAUGAAUACAUGCACUCUGACACUGUUAUUGAAAUGACAAGUAACAGCCAAAAUUCAAACAUAUUUUAUCAUUAAAACAUUGUUUAAAUGCUCCAAAUAUGAUAUGAAAAAGUUCAGACAUUGACAAUUUGAAUUUGUUACAACCUCGGUGUUCAAGUUUAUUCAAUAAAUUUAUAUCCGUGAUUCUUACUAAUUUAUUUGUUUUUGCACUUUUUCUGUACAUGCUUUUUUGUACACAAUUUCUGUAGAGAUGGUUUUCAGCUAGUUCGCGUGAUGUUCGCAGCAACUAGUUCGCGGGAUGAUCGCAUCAACUUGUUCGCGGGAAGUUCACAGCUACUUGUUCGCGGGAAGUUCACGGCAGCUUGUUCGUGGCAAAACUAAUUUGCAUGUGAAAAGUGAACACCAAACAAACAUCCCGCAAACAAUUAUACCAAUUGUAUCAAAAGUGUUCGCGGCAUGAUCGCAGCAAGUGUUCGCGGCAAACUAUAAUAUUUCCGUAAGGGAAUGUUUGUCUUUAUAGGUCAAGAUGAAAACUCGGGUCAUCUGAGGUAAAAAACUAUGUCACUUGGUGAUAUAAUAGAAAAAUCGAAGUAACAGAGGCCACAUUUUAUAUCUGAUCUUCGUAAAACAUUGUCAGAAUGUUUGCCACAGUAAAAUCUCAGACAGGAAUGGAUAAAAACUUAGGCCAUUAGGUCAAGUAAUAGGAAAACCUUGUUUCAGUUUUAAAGGCCACAUUCUGUACCUGAUAUUCAUGAACUUUAUCAGAAUGUUUUCCUUGGGUUAUUUUAGAUUAAAAGCUAUGACUAAGGUCUCGAGGUUAAAUUUUAGAAAAAGGUUGCAAACACUCCAGAUGAUGCAUUUUCUACCUGAUUGUCAUAAAGCAUGAUUAGAAUGUUUGUUUUAAUGAAAUCUAGGUCAAGUUUAAACUAGGAUAUCUACUGUCGAAAGUUAGGUAACUAGGUCAAAUCAUAGAAAAACCUUGUUAACUAUUUAGAAACUUUGUCAGAAUAUUUUUCUUAAUAAACUUCAGGUCAAACUCAAUUCUGGGUCAUCUGGGGUUAAAAACAAGGUUCAAUUUAAAGAAAAACUUGGUUAACUCUCCACAUGACAUAUUGACUGUGCCAUCCGUGUAAAACAUGGUCUGAAUCUUUGUCUUGAUCAAAUGUCAAUUAAGGAAAUUGUGCCCUCUUGUGUCUUAAACCAGGUCAGAUCAUAGAAACACCUUGUUUACUCUCGAAGGUGCUCUUCAAGAAACCUUAUCAGAGUGUUUGUAUUUUGAAAUCUAGGUCAAGUUUGAAACUUGGGUCAUCUGGAGGUGGCAGUGUGCAAAAAUUAAGUCACUAGGCAUCAUAGAGAAAAACCUAGUGAAAAACCUAGUUAACACUAGAAGCCAAAUUUUCUACCUUAUCUGCUUGAAACCUGGUCUUAAUGGAAUCUAUGUCAAUUUCAAAACUGUGUCAUCAUGGGUAAAACCUAGGUCAGAUGGGCGAUACAGAGUCAUGGAGGCACGGUUGUCUGUAAUUGAAAAUAAUGUAUUUAUGUGCUGGAAAGAUUGUUUUUGUUUGUUGUCUAGAAUCAGUGCCUAUUACAGUGUAAUUGAAAUGGCUUGCUGUUUUCAGCAAAUGAUAAAUUCUAAAUGAUUUUAGUUAUUUGGACAUACUGUUUCUAGAAAUAUUUUGGUUGAUUUUUAGGCUUUUUAAACAGUCAUGUUUAAGCAGAAUUUUAUGACAUUUUUUAGUUUUCAUAAUAUUCUGUUAGAGAUUUAUUUUAGGAACAAAAAUACCCAUUGCUUAGAGUUAGAUCCUGAUCUGAAAUGUAUGUUUUAUAUGAAGUUUUUUAAUCACUCCCCUUUGUUAUGAAAGUAUCUGAAAAGCGGUAAAUUUCUUUCAAUAUUAAUAUAAUGUACAGUUUUACAUUUGAUAGAAAAGAGAAUGUUUCAACAAUAGGAAUGAAAAUGGAAGCUUUAAAAAGCCUAGAGGCGUUUGAAAUCAUUUUUUUCCAUCUAUAUUGGAAUUACAAUUACAAAGUUAACAGAUAUAUAGGUUAAAAGGCACUGUCUAGACAACUGUUGUUUAGUGCAAUAAUAGUGCAAGUAUUUGUAUUUUUGAUACUAUGUUUGUUACCAAUAAAAGAGUUAUUAAAGAGA